AUGUCGUACAAAGGACAAACUGCUUUCCUCACCGGCGGCGCCAGCGGCAUCGGACGUGCAGUCACCAAGAUGCUUGUUGGAAAAGGAAUCAGAGUCUAUGUGGCAGACAGAGACCUAAAGGGCGCCCAGGCCGUGGCUGAAGAGCUGAACACGGGCGACAAGGCUGUGUGGACUGUACAGAUCGACGUUGCAGACUGGGAUUCCCAGCGAAGCGCAUGGGAAACCGCUGAGGCCGAGUUCAAGCGCAUCGAUUAUGUCUUUCCCAUUGCCGGCAUUGGAGAGCGCCGUUCAUUCCCCAACAGGCCCAAUUCAGCAGGAUAUGAGAAGCCCGACCUGACCGUGCUUGAAGUAGACUGCAUCGGUGUAAUCUACACAGUCUCCCUGGCAGUUCAGCACUUUCGUCGUCAGCAACCAAAUAAAUAUGGCUUUCGAGGGAAAAUCAUGCCAGUCGCCUCCGUCUGUGGGUUCUAUAUUCACCAACCCAUACCUAUAUAUACCGCGGCAAAGCAUGCCGUUGUGGGGCUCGUCCGCUCCUAUGGUAAGAUUCUCGCUGAGGAGAAAAUCACUCUCAAUGCCGUGUGCCCGAACAAGAUCAGGACGGGGAUCUCGACUGCGGCCGUGUAUGACAAGGCAGAAAAACUUGGUGUUCUGGUGCCGAUAGAGAAACUUUUAGAGGCUUUUGAGUCCUUAAUGGGUGAGAACCCCAUGUCUGGAGAAUGCCUUGAAGUCGCUCCUCAGCUUGGAGUCCGGGUCGUGCAGUUUAUUCCGUUCAUCAAUGAGGAAUCGAAGAUUAGCGCCGACAUGACUUAUGAGCGGUCGCACUAUCUCCACGAGCCGAUCAUGGAUGACAAGAUAUAA